AUGGCUAUUCCAUCACCUUCUCAAUUCGCGAAGAUGCCGGUCGAAAAUGUCAGUCGACUAAGUAUCACGCUCAGGCUUCCGUUUGGUUUCUUCCAGUCAGUGGAGCAACUCUCAAGCAACGAUUCCACAUCCUUGGAUACAGACUUAGCGACUCAGCAAGCAAGUCUGUGGCAGCGAUUGGGCUCCAGUCUCAGCCGGUUCAAAGCUCUUGAGAAGCUCGACUUGUGGCUAGACCACACUGAGCCCCAGUUCUGGGCCGUGGUCAACGAGCGCUCGACCCUCGACCCUCUCCUUACACAACUAAGCGGGCGUCCUGACCUUGACGUUACUGUCACGCUGCCCAUGCUUCACCCAAAAUUCGAACAGGACGAGCGGCACUACAUCGACGAGGAAAUUUCACCGAAUGUCCGUGUACACAGGGUGCUGAGGCAAAAAAAGAGCGAUACCACCCACUUCUGGAACGCGCUCGCAGAGCGCGAUCAUAAACAUGCACAAGCUAUCACCCAACUUCGACAGGCUGCAGAACAUCAGAGCGCCGACUAUGCUGCUACGCUGAAGGUCUUGGACCAAGAGAUACACCUACUGCGACAAGAAAGAGUGAGUCUGAAAGAAGGCAUCGAAGAUAUGGAGUUUGAGAUCGUCCCAGUCAACGACGAUGUUGCCAGGCUGAGAGCAGAGAAUGCGAAGCUUCGACGUGCGGCGAUUCGAAGAACCCGCGAGAUCAAAGGCUUACAUGACAAGAUCAAGGAUUGCAACAAGAGCUUUGGGGGCUACAAGAAGCGAGUGAAGGCUUUGGCGAACGAGCAUUAG